AUGAUAUCAGCAACGGAUAUUGCGGGAACGGCCUUGCGCCUUGUCCAACGUGCCGCCGAGGAGAGCGACCCUGAGGGCUCCGAUGGCUCUCAGAAGGAGAUCUUUGCGGCAUGGGCGCUGUUCAUCUCCAUUAUGCUUCUCAUCACCGCCUUCUUGACGAGCUACUUCCUCCAAGAGAGGAAGAUCGAGGCCGUCCACGAGACGGUCAUCUCAAUCUUUGCAGGAAUGACUGUUGGGCUGCUCUUGCUCGUGACCUCUGGCGACUCGAUCCGAAACCUCAUCAGCUUCGACUACCAAAUUUUCUUCAACCUGCUACUACCACCGAUUAUCCUCGCGUCGGGCUACGAGCUACAUCAGGCCAAUUUCUUCCGAAAUAUGGGGACUAUCUUGACGUUCGCUUUCGCGGGAACCUUCCUCUCGGCUGUCGUCAUCGGUCUCAUUCUCUGGCUCUAUGCUUUGACGGGCGUCGAGUCCAUUAGUAUGUCGUUCGUCGACGCCAUCUCUGUAGGCGCGACCCUAUCGGCCACCGAUCCCGUAACCAUCUUGGCCAUUUUCAACUCGUACAAGGUGGACCCUAAAUUGUACACCAUCAUCUUUGGCGAGUCCAUUCUCAACGACGCCAUCGCUAUCGUCAUUUUUGAGACGGCGCAGAAGUACAAAAAAGGCGAUGCCUCCAAGCUCGGGGUUCUGAGCUUCUUUGAGGGUAUCGGCAUCUUCUUGAUCGUCUUCUUCGGAAGUUUGUUGAUUGGUGUACUUGUUGGAGUUUUGACGGCAUUGCUCUUGAAACUCACCUACAUUCGACGAUACCCCAAGAACGAGAGUUGUCUGGUUGUGUUGAUCGCGUAUGCGACAUAUUUCUUCUCGCACGGCAUCCACAUGUCUGGCAUUGUAUCAUUGCUUUUCUGCGGCAUAACGCUGAAGCACUACGCUUAUUUCAACAUGUCUCGCCGAACUCAGCUCACGACCAAGUUCAUCUUCCAGAUCCUUGCGCAGCUGUCAGAGAACUUUAUCUUCAUUUACCUCGGUCUCGCGCUGUUCACGGAUAACGCGCUCCAGUUCCGACCGCUUUUGAUCAUCAUCACUGUUUGCGCUGUCUGCGCCGCUCGCUGGGUAGCGGUGUUCCCCUUGUCCCGCCUCAUCAACUGGGUCAUCCGCUAUAGAGCCCGCCGGAGGGGCGGGGGAGAGGUGAGCGACGAGCUGCCCUACAAUUAUCAAGCGAUGCUUUUCUGGGCUGGUCUGCGCGGAGCCGUAGGUGUCGCUCUCGCAGCGCUGCUCACCGGCGAGAACUCCUACGCGCUCAAAGCCACCGUCCUGGUGGUGGUGGUGUUGACGGUCAUCAUCUUUGGUGGCACGACGGCGCGGAUGUUGGAGAUCCAAGGAAUUCGCACCGGAGUCGUCGACGAAAUCGAUAGCGACGACGAAUUCGACAUUGAGUCGUUUAGCGGCGGACAGUAUGUCAAGCGCAACAGCACCGGCAUCGGCUACAAUCCUAGGCGGAACGGCAGCCUGUCGCUGGACAACAUCACCUCGCGCAACGCCGCUCGGCCAGCCGUGGGAUCGGAACGCAGUAGCUAUGUCUCUGGCUCACACUCGCCGAACCCGAUCAAGAGGCAGUCAAGCCUCAGCCGCAAGAACUCUGAAAUCGAGAGAUCCGACCUGCUGGGACGGAGCGGCAAUACGACGGACUCGGACCUGGGAAGCGACAUCGACACAUCGGACCUCCCGCCCCCGGCCCGCCGGGAUCCGCGCCGCACGAGCCCGAUGGCCGCUUCCGGAGGAGUAUCACAGGCGACCGGGUCUUCCGCCGGCGGCCUUCUCGCGCAGACCGAACCCGCCGCAGGGGCGCCGGCGGCGUCUCACCACGUCUCGGCGACAUCUGCCAUCAGACAGCUCUUCAGCCACGGGGCCGAGGACGCGGCUGGCCUGUUCCGUCAGUUGGAUGAGGACUACAUCAAACCGACGCUGCUGCUCGACGGUAACAACCGCGGCAAUGGCUCGGGCUCAGGCCCGGGUGCGGUCUGA